CAGAGGAGGGCUUGUUUGUGGGGGUGGGGUGAGGUAAGGCAAGCUCUUGGGGAGUGAUCUUACCACACACACAACAUCUGGCCCUGUUUCUUGCGCAGGGCACCUCGGGGGAGCGGCAGGACACAUGUCCGCUGGAGGAGGGCACAGUUGGAAAUUAGCCUGACCAAGUAAAGGUCUGGAUCAAAGGUUGGUCUCGUUCUAAAGUAAACUCCCUCCAACCCUCUGACUUUUGGAUAAGAGCUGAACUGAGCCGGCCACGGCCUCACUCGGGGCCACUCGCACCAGCCCGGGGAAGAGCAUCAGGACUCCUGCCUCCGAUAAUAAUGCCAACUGUGGAUGACAUCCUAGAGCACAUAGGGGAAUUUAACUUCUUCCAGAAGCAGACGUUCUUUCUCUUAGCUCUGCUCUCGGCCGCGUUCACCCCCAUCUACGUGGGCAUCGUCUUCCUGGCCUUCACCCCGGAUCACCGCUGCCUGAGCCCCGGGGUGGCCGAGCUGAGCCGGAGAUGCGGCUGGAGCCUGGCAGAGGAGCUGAACUACACAGCGCCGGGCCCGGGGGCCGCGGGCGAGGCGUCCCCUCACCAGUGCCGCCGCUACGAGGUGGACUGGAACCAGAGCGCCCUCAGCUGCGCGGACCCCCUGGCCGGCCUGGCGGCCAACAGGAGCCACCUGCCGCUGGGCCCCUGUCGGCACGGCUGGGUGUACGAAACGCCCGGCUCGUCCAUCGUGACCGAGUUUAACCUAGUGUGUGCCAGUUCCUGGAUGCUGGACCUGUUUCAGUCGGCUGUGAAUGUAGGAUUUUUUAUCGGUUCUGUGGGUAUCGGCUACAUAGCAGACAGGUUUGGCCGUAAGCUCUGCCUACUGGUUACGAUCCUCAUAAAUGCUGCAUCAGGACUCCUGCUGGCCGUUUCCCCAAACUAUACCUGGGUGUUAAUUUUCCGUUUGAUCCAGGGGCUUGUCAGCAAGGCAGGCUGGCUUAUAGGCUACAUCCUGAUUACGGAGUUUGUCGGGCUGAGCUAUCGGAGAACAGUGGGCAUCGUUUACCAAGUGGCCUUCACCGUUGGGCUCCUGGCACUGGUGGGGGUGGCAUAUGUGCUUCCUCACUGGAGGUGGCUCCAGCUCACUGUUUCCCUGCCCAACGUCUUCUUCUUGCUCUAUUACUGGUGCAUCCCUGAGUCUCCAAGGUGGCUGAUCUCCCAGAAUAAAAAUGCUAAAGCCAUGAGGAUCAUUAAGCACAUCGCAAAGAAAAAUGGAAAAUCUCUGCCAACCUCCCUUCAGAGCCUCAGACCUGAUGAGGAAGCUGACGAGAAGCUGAAUCCUUCAUUUCUUGAUUUGGUCAGAACCCCUCAGAUCAGGAAACACACUUUGAUCCUGAUGUACAACUGGUUCACGAGCUCUGUUCUCUAUCAGGGCCUCAUCAUGCACAUGGGCCUUGCAGGGAGCAAUUUCUACUUGGAUUUCUUCUACUCUGCCCUGGUGGAGUUUCCAGCUGCCCUCCUCAUCAUCCUCACCAUUGACCGUUUAGGUCGCCGCUAUCCAUGGGCUGCAUCAAAUAUGGUGGCAGGGGUAGCCUGCCUAGCCUCGGUUUUUAUCCCUGAUGAUCUGCAGUGGCUAAGAGUUACAGUCGCGUGCUUGGGUAGGAUGGGGAUUACGAUGGCCUACGAAAUGGUUUGCCUGGUCAACGCGGAACUGUACCCCACGUUCAUCAGGAAUCUUGGUGUCCUUGUCUGCUCCUCCAUGUGCGACAUCGGUGGCAUUAUCACACCGUUCCUGGUCUACCGGCUCACCGACGUCUGGCAUGAGCUCCCACUGCUGGUUUUUGCUGUGAUUGGCUUGGUUGCUGGGGUACUGGUGUUGCUGCUUCCGGAGACCAAAGGGAAGGCUUUGCCUGAGACUAUAGAUGAAGCCGAGAACAUGCAGAGACCAAGAAAAAAUAAAGAAAAGAUGAUUUACCUCCAAGUCAAGAAAGUAGACAAUCCGCUAAACUAAGAAGAGAGACCACUCUUGCUAUGGCCUUGCUCUGAUGAUACAAGUCCAGACCAGAGAUUUCUCCAUCCACCACAAAGCCCAUAUAAUUCAACCUUACCUCCUUUUGAACCCUACGAACCUAAAUCUAUAGCCAAAUAGAGUUUGUUGUCCUACUUAUUAAAAUCUACCCAGGGGACUAAAUCCUACCAAGCCCCACCAGCUCACUCCAUUCCCAGCAUUCCCAAGACAAUGCUAUUGGUGUGCUAGGAAUUGUCUUUAUCUUUAUUUUAUUUUAUUCUUUUCUCCACAAUGAUAUCAAACCAAAACACAUAGGAGAAUCGUGGGCCAGGGAAACAGAACAGAGAAGAUCUGGAAAACUAAGUAGAGCAGAGAGCCUGUUUUCUUAAAGAAAUGAUACAUGUAAAGUAAUAUCAAGUUGUCCAGAAUGUAUGUCAAGAAAUUUAAAUUGGCCUUUCAAGUGACAUGGGUGACAAAAUUUUUAAAUACAUUAUUCUCUGGGUUAGAUUUUUUAAAGGAAACUAAAAUAAAGAAUCAGAAAUACAACAUGAGUAAUCGGUAAGUCUUCUCCAUUUAGACGAGUUGAAUACAAAUGUGUGCUUUCCACAAAAAAAUCUGGAGAAGACUUUGAUAGGGAGCAGUGUUGAAUUUGGCCUACUAAACCGAUGUGGUAAUGUCUCACCCUGAUAAAAAUUUCUCUAAAUUUGUGGUUUAAAAAAAAUUAUAUUAAUAUUUUACCAUGGUAAUAUAGUAAAUUAAUAUUUAGAAGCCAAAUACUUCAAGACCUAUAAUGAAAACAAAAGUUCCUUGCCCCAUUCCACCUCUACCAAUGCCUCCAGAAUAAUUUUCAACUAUUGCAGCUGUUUCUUUCUCUUGUGAUUUAUAUUUAUAUAUCUAAAUAACCUGCUUUAUAUUGAUAUCUCUUGCCUUUUUAACUUUAAAUAUUACAUUACUGGGGUGCCUGGGUGGCUCAGUCAGUUAAGCAUCUGACUUCGGCUCAGGUCAUGAUCUCGUGGUUCAUGAGUUUGAGCCCUGCGUUGGGCUCUGGGCUGACAGCUCAGAGCCUGGAGCCUGCUUCGGAUUCUGUGUCUCCCUUUCUCUCUCUGCCCCUCCCCUGCUCUCUCUCGCUCUCUCACUCUCUCAAAAAUAAAAUAAAAACAAAAAAAAAUUUAAAUAAAUAUUAUAUUACCUAUUGACUUUUUGGUAUAAAAUAUGAAGAUUUAGCUCUCUUCAUCUCUGUCCUCAAUCCAACACACAGUUUUUCUCUUCAAACUCUGUGUUAUCACAUUUUUAUUCAAUAAAUAGUUAACAUUUGCAUAAUUUGGGCUGUGUAACUAUUACCAACAGCUGAGCCACAUAGGGUACUAUGAUCACUCUUCCACUCUUUUCACAGCAUUUUGUUCCUGUUGAGCCUUGGUUUUUGUUGCUGUUUUCUAUAUAUUCACCAUUAAUUUCCUCCCCACCCCCCAACUCUUUGAUAAAACUAUAAAUAUCUCAUUGCUUUCAAACACAGCUCCUUUUUCCAGAGAGCCUUCCCACCUGGAGCCUGCAGUUCUCCUGGUCCGGUGAGCCUGGAUGCCAUUGAGCCCUACUGCACAGCUGUUGCCCUGGGCUCUCCUUUCCCCACCUCCUGAGCAUGUCCAGUGCCUCUGUUUUGUGUACCUCUGUCUGCUAGAUCCAAAGUCUUCCUCAUCCUUACUUUUCUCCCUCGUUUUGAAGAAGCACAUCUCCCAGUAUUGUCCUGAGAAAGAGCACACACGUGUCCUUCUAAAUUCUCCUCUGUCACAUCAAGAGUUGACACUAACACAUGACAUGUUCCUGGCCCUGUGCCACCUGGCUUCUUAUAAGCCUCUCCCAAUGGGCAGCAUUGGCCAGAUAGGAAGAUAAGCACAAGAGAGAAGCCAUUUUCCCCUGUACCAUGAGGGAAUCUUGGGCAGCUGCAAGAAGAGCUGCUGGCGACCUCAGCCAAAGGAAUGGGGCUCCUGGUCACUUCUCGAUGGCACAGGUGCAGUUUUAACGGCAACAGCAGCAGCAGCAGCAGAAGUGCCUCACUGACUUCCAGCAAGAACAGGAUCUCAGGCCCCAGCCAGAAGCAAUCACUGUUUGCUGGUCUUACGUCAACACCCUUUUCUCUCUCUAGCAUACCUUUCUCCUGUUUGUUCAACAAUUUUGUAAACGAGUGCCUGUAUUAAAUUCCUUCUCUUUGAAAUACC